UGUAGCGUGGAUUUGUAAUGGGUCAUGAGAAAAUGGGGUGGUGAGAGUGUUUCCUGACUGGAAGAAAGGCCUAGUUUAUGUGCCAUUACAUCGAAACAGGCUAAAUCAUUCACUUUCGCUAGCCAGUAGAAUUGGUUAUUUGUUUUAAUAGACUGUGUUUGUGCUAAUUUUAACAGUCCUGGUAGUUGCAUCAAGUAUUAAUAGUAUUCGUUUCAGAUUUUUAAGUGGGUGCGUAAUCGUGACGUAACAGAGUAGAACCGUUGACAGAUGUGUUCCUAUACGGUACACGUAUGUAAUACUCUAAAGAUAUUAUAUACUCACAGUCGCAUAUAAUGCACUGUAAUACGUCUACUUAAAUGCCUUAAGGAUGUACAUGUACAGCGGGAGGAAGAAGUAACAAUAUUUUAUGAGUGAUUGGCAUGAAAUGGCGUUUUCUGAGUAACAUUGGCUAAAGUUUCGUAUCCAAGAACAUUCGGGAAGUAUGAAGCCAACAAAACAAUGCUUGUUGCUGCAAGAAGUUUGGAUUGUUUGCCAAAAUUUAUGACUUCUAGACAGAAAACCACCAGAUAAACCGAUUUAAAAAUAUUUCUUGGUGUCUAUUUUAUUAUUUUUUUUUCAUGAACACGUAUCGGUUACUUUUGUUUGGUUUUGUCUUAUUCAUUCAAAGAGGAUUGCUUUUGUCUCAGUGUCCAUUAGGAUGACCUUGGAAAGUUCGCUGACAGCAAAGAAAGUAGAAGCUCAAGAAAAACUAAGUUUGCAACCAGUGUUUUGAGAUUAUCUGUUCUGUCCUAAGUGUAGACAUUACUUGCUAGAGCUUUAAUUGCGAAAUUACACCCGUCUCUCGGAUUCUCGAGCUUUAAAACCAAAUAUUAUGGAGGUCAAACAUAAUACUCAGAAAAAUAAUUAAUUUUUAUUUGUCAAUGCUUUAAAAUGAAGUAUAUAAAGCAUACACAACCACUAAAUACUGUUACGAAGCAUGGUCGAUAAGUGGCUCUUAUUACAUUGUCCAAGGAAAGUGUAAAGAAAACUUUGUUUUCGACAACAAGAGAGUUGGCGAGGAUGGAUAAAGAGAAGCUGGUUUAUGAUCAAGAUCAACAAAAUGGACCAAUAGAUCUAAGUAUCAAAUCUUCUGAAGCUACGCACGAGCAUGAAUGUGAAACCAGAAGUCUUAAAACAUCAAAUAACUCUCCAGGAAUACAAACGCGGGCUAAGAAGCUCGUAAACUCCGAGUCAGAUGGAAAGUGGCGGGACAUAGCACGUGGUGAAAGUUUUUUCUCUGUGGUUUCACCUUGGUUAAUCAAGUCUCAAAAGUUCGACAAAACGUUUCUUUCCGUAGAUUCAACUGCUGAGAACACUCCAGGGGAAUUUCCUUCAUCUCCCCCUCUCUUGCCAACUGCCAGUAUCGAUAGCUGCCCCAUUGUGUACGAUGUUGUAGGAAAAUCUUAUUCCUUACUUAAGCUUUCUGAUGGACAGGUGUACCCCAUUCCACUAGAUUCCUCUGCCAGUAACAUUUCACAAAAAAAUUAUUUAAUUAAGUAUGAUGUAAACGAAAAAGAUGUAUGUAAAAGUGGAAAUAAGUCUCAUUCUAAAUUAUGUGGUGUGAAUUCUAUGACUAUGAACAAAGAAGAGAAAUGCACCUAUGAAUGCUGUACAAAGAAACAUUUUGGCCACUUAUGUACGUCGAAAUCCAGUUCUAGGCUAAUUGACAGAAAUUUAAGUACUAUUGGCAAAACAUUGGUUUUGCGUAAAAAUGACUUACUUAGUACACCAGUAGCUACCCAUAACACACAAUCCUCUUCAAUUCUACAUUCCAAUAAAGUAACAAAACAUAACACCAGUUCACAAGAAACUUCGUUGCAGUUUAAAAAUGAACGUGAGUGUGAGGAUUCGUCAGAAGAGGGCGGGUUGCCUGAAGAUCUUUCCGUUAGUAAAUUACCUCGUCAUUUAGAUGAUUUAAUUAGUAGACCAUUAACUACAGGCUCUCAGAUAAAUUGCAACAGAAUAAGAAAAUCCGCAAGCUUUUGUGACAUCUCUCGCAGUACUUUAGAACAAGAACAAAAUCACAUUUUAGACAUGUCCAAAAGUAAAUCAGACACUGAAACUCCAGCCUCGUCACCUAAUCCUAAAAUCAGUUCGUCCCUAUAUACUCUAAAUGAUAUUGACGAUAAUAGAAGCCUAAUGGAAAAUCGGACUUUUUUGAAGUUCGCGAGCAAACAUAAAUAUCUAAAACAAAAGAAAGGAAGACAGGUAUUAUCCAAGUUAUUAACGUGUCGGCCAAUAACUCUUGAAGUAAAAGGUGAACGGUCAGAUAAUCUCCAGUACCACGAUGAAGAACCUUUGACCUCUCAUAAUUGGUGUCAAAAUUUAUCAAUAUCACCAAAUGACAGAAACUCUUUUCUGGAAGCCUUGCACCAAAUAGUGCCAUGCGGAUACCCCUUGAACGUUUAUGAAUAUUAUACUUAUCUUAUCCAGAUGUAUCACAGCCAUGAAGCAUUGAAACAUCGAGUAGGUCUAACAGGAACACCAGCUGAAUCGGUAAUCCCAAACAAUACAUCUUCUUCUGCUCCUACAUCACAAACUCUAGAGUCUCCUGAACAAGAUUCCCCACUUUUGGAGGGCGAGAACGUGAGCUGCGCUGCUAAAAAGCAACCUACACGAGCCCUCACUGGCAAACACGUGAAAUACGGAACUGGUGCGAGUCCCUCUAUACUGCUCACCCUUAGACAAAAAAUUCAAGAAAGGCAAAAAGCAAAAGAACUCGCCAUAACCGACAACGUUAUAUCAAAUGAGAAAACAGAAGAAGCCGGAAGAAAACGAAAGAAAUCAAGUCUUUCUAAACAUUCUACUAAACGUAAUAGACAACAGAAGAAUAAAGAAAAUGAUGUAAAGAUUAAGUAAAGCGAUUUUUUCUAAUAAUGUGAUAUUUAUGUGUGAAUAAAAUAUGUAUUUUCUGUAUAUGUAACUAAGUAAUGUAAUGCAUUCCAAUCCUUAAAAAAGUCAAGUAAUUUGAUGCAAUCAUAAGGGAUCAAUCUCGGUUUGUAUAGCGCAUAAAAUCAAGCUGUUUUGUUUAAUUCAGAAUUCUGAAAAUCUUUACAUCAAAUAUGAAAUUAACUUUUGUGCUUGUAGCAUAAUUUGUUUUAUAAAUCAAUGCACGUAAAUUUAGUAGUGUAUUACACUUUCUA